CUUACUCCCCUCUGCGAUAACCCACUUUGGGAGCUCCAUGGGCAGAGCGAGGCGCUCACACCACCGAUCAGUCGUUCGAUCGAGAAGAAAAAAGAUCAAACCGCUCCCAGAUUUUUAAAAUGGCGCCAAUUCGUAACAACUUCUUCGAACACCCAAAAUGUAAAGGGUCAUUCCUCGUUCCGAUCCACUCUCUCUCUCUCUCUCUCUCUUUCUCUCUCUCUAGUUCGUUCAGUUCAACUCUUUCUCUCUCUAUAUCUCUCUCUGUUUCUGCUUCGUUCUGUACUGUUCGUGAGCCUACAGUCCUUCAGCAAUCAACAGGAUGGCUCUGGUUUUAGUAUUUCUGGCAUUGAUGUCAGCCUCCACUGUGGCGGCACCUCCGCCGGAGCUGGCGAUCGGAAGUGCAGGUCUAAAGAGCUUCAUGAAAAUACAGCUGGUGCCCAAAACCACAAGAAACAAUGAGGCUAUUUCUCGACUCAAUAAGUAUAUUUUUAUUAAGAAAUUAGGCAGUGGCUUUUUUGGAGAAUCAUGGAUGGUUAGGCUCCGUAAUGGUGGAGCAGAUAAUUUUGUGAUGAAGAAAACUAAAGUAAAUUACUCUCUUUUUUUUUUUCAUUGUCUUUGUGCUAUAAUUCACUCAUUUUUUUUUUUUUUUUUGUCUUUCUCUCAGAAACAGGUCAUUGGCUAUUCGAGUUUCAGAUUGAGUGGGCUCCGAGAGAAGUAUUUUGGUGAGCUACUCUUGGAGCCUUCGCAGGAAGGCCGAGAGCGCAUAAUUCGUUUUGUGGAAAGUUUUACUCAUUCCGAUGAGUUAUAUAUAGUGUCUUUAUAUGGGGGAAUGACACUAUAUCAACUCAUGUAUGAGACAGAGACAGGUGAGACGGCCUGGAAGCCCUCAAGUUGGUGGAAAUGGCUGAAGGAAACGGAACCUGGGAGGGAAAUGAUGAAAAAAAUUCUAUUUCAGCUGGUAUCAUUUCAUACACCACUAAUUCCCCUGAUCAAAUUAGCUUUUUCUUUCAUUCUUUUUUUGUUUGAUAGCAUCAAAAUGAGUCAAUCAGCUUGGUGAUUCUGCAUGGCUAGGUGCUCGUAUGUUUUCUUCAAUGAUAACAUUGGUCUGCCAAUUUAGUGGUAGCAGGGCUUCCUCAUUUUUUAGGCUCAUCUUUUCCUAGUUGAGAACCUACUAAAGUAAACCUUUUAUAGCUCUCAUUUGCCAUGUAGUUUGUCAAACUUCCAUGGAUAAUUUAACAGCACUUCUUACUGUAACAUGGUUAUAUCCCACUUAGAUGAGGCAAGGUUAGGAUAUUUUCCUUGCCUUCUGAUGGAGAAUAUUUCAAUGAAGUACCAGUUGUCUUUUGAGCCUAUUUUUUUAUUUUUUAAAAAUUCUAUAUUGCAGAAAAUUAGGAUAAAAAGUUGUUUGGAUGUCAUUAUGUAAAACCACUUUUAAAUUAAAGGGACUUCCAAUUGUAAAUUUCCUUUCAGAUUUCAAUGAAGAAGUUGAUUAAAUAAACAUUGUUUUUCUACAUAAAAAUCUGAAUUUUUUUAUAUUAAAAUAUGGGUGGGAGGGAUGGCUAUAAAAAUGCAAUUUUGUUAUACAAAACAAAAAAUAAUUCUGUUGUAUCAAAGUAGAAAAUUGUCAUAUAUCUUAAUCAAUUACUAUAUAAAUUAUGUAGUUAUGUUAUCUUUUUCAUGACUUUAGCAAGGUUCAUUUAUAUAUUUUGAUUUGUUGAAAUGUCGACAUCAUUGUCAGACGAAUCCUAUGAGAUCUUUGUGGAACCCUCCUUGUAUUUUAUUGAACGAUAGAUUAUGAUAUAUUUUAUGUAUAUGUGUGCUUUCUAAAAGAUUUGGGCUGUAUGGAUGGAAAUUCUCACAUACAGUUUAUUUUCUUAUUUUAUAUAUUAUUAUUAUUUUGGGGGAGGGGGAGACGACAAUCAAGUCUAUCACAAUUGUUUUCUCACCCACUGGAUCGAGUUGGUUGCCCUAACUAGCCUCUCAAUCUGAUGGCUGAGGGCAUAGCGAGUUAGCGACCUCAUGAUUGUUCUUUUUUGCUUCACAAUUUUAGUGUUCCUGAAAUUUAUUUGAC